AUGAAACGAAUUACUGCACUGAUUAUAAGCAGUUUAAAUGGUUUUAGUUUGAAUAUUGUUCGUAAACUUGCUGAACAAGGUUAUAAUAUUGCUCUAAAUGAAAAUCAAAAUGAUGAUAAUAUUAUUGAAACUAUUCAAAAGGAACAUAAACAAUGUAGAACAAUGUAUGUGCCAGAUAGUAUAAAAAAUGAAAUCGAUAUACAUAAUUUAGUUGAACAAAUAUCAAAACAGUUUCAGCAUAUUGACAUUGUAAUUAUACAUCAUGAAUGUAAACGACAUUACACAGCUUCGAUUGAUGAAUUUCCAACAGAAAACUGGAGAGAAGCUUUUGAUUAUAAUCUUAUAAUAACUUUUGCUUUAGUUAAAACUCUAUGGCCUCAUAUGAAACGACAGCAUUCUGGAAAUAUAAAAACAUCUCUAUUCGAGCAAUAUGAUCACAUAAAAACAUUAGCUGAUCUUAUCUUAUUUUUAUCUAGUGAUCAAGCUCGUUCAAUAACUGGCCAAUCAAUUCCAUGGUGCUUAACACAGUUCUAUUUUAAUGUUGACGAACGUCUUAUUUGCCAAUGA